AUGACGGACGGUCAUGCGGCGUACCUUUCUUUUAAUGCGACGGAUUGCGCCCCGGUAGACGGUGACUGCGUUCAUAGCCCUGACUCCGUGGCCUGGAGCCCACACAAUGUCCUCGUUGUCGCCACGCACUGGGCUUUGUAUCUGCACAUCAAAAGCAUUAUUGCCUCCGAGGUCGUUCUUCGACCUAGGUACCAGCCCCGUGAUGAUGCAUCUGGCCCGAUGUGCAUCACUGGAGCGAAAUGGGCACUAGAUUUGGUACCGGAAGAGGCGUACCCCGCAACGUGUCGAUUGUGCGUACGAACCACACGUGAUACUUUUAUAUAUCGCGUUAUCCGCUUUGGCACGGGAAGGCUUCGUACGAGUCAUGGGAUGUGUUUUAUUCCCAAGGCGGCUUUUCAGGAAAGCGUCGACGACGCCACUGGGGCGGAUAAAAAAGGACGUAAAAGGGUGCGGCCAUCUCUUGGGAAUGUUGUUAAUCUUGACGCCGCAGCUGCUGAAUAUGACAGCAAUGAUCGAAUCCAACUGUUAGCCGGGGCUGGGUGGUGUGUGAUUAGCUAUGAGUGGUUUCCGUUGGAUCUUCUAGUAGUGGUGACGCUAGGUGGUGUUUAUCUCCUCAAUUUAGCUGGUGACACCUCCGAUGAGACAGCCUUGCAGUUGCGACUAUUUCCACCACCUGUAUUUCGUUUUACGGGUAGUCCUGUGGCAAGUCUAUUGCCAUCGUGUGCAACACGUGUUAUUGGGUGUGGUGGUAAAGAUAAUCGUCUGGUUGUGGCAUGCCCAUUUUGGCUUCGCGUCUUUACUGUUUCCACUGCUCAUGUGCAGCUGACGCAUUACGUUGAGGUUCCUCCACUCUGCGGCAUUCCCACUGCCCUCUGCUCCAUGAUGACCGAUGAGACGAAUUCCACGUUGCGUGUCUUCGUCUCUGCCCCGAUGUGUGUUCUUGAAGGGAGCCUCGUGGUGGAUGCAUUGGACGAUGUCUACGGCAGGGGAGAGGCAAUGCAGGUCAACUGGACCACAUUGGGAUCAUGGACGGCCGAGAGCGAUUUGGGUGAUGAAAUUACUGUUCGUCGCUUUCUCGCUAUCCCGCUUACUUCCUUCGCACCACUUGAAGCGAGGACCGCCACAGACUUGCAGAGGACGGGUGUGACUGCGAUGGAUGGAUCUAGAACACCGUACCUUGUAUUGGCUGUAUCUCAGCGGCGUCUGAUGGGCUUUGUGGGAAGGCAAUGCGUGGAACUUAUUCGCUGCAUGCGGAUGGACGGUAGUGUGUACCCACGUGACGUCGCGCUGGAGUUAUCAGGAGUGGCCAUUCACCCCUCUUGCAACAUGGCGGUUUUGGGAAUUCGGGUUGGCAUGCGGCGGUAUCCGCCGUUUCAGCUGAUGCCUGUUUCCGUCAACACGGAGGGUGGGUUUUUGUUGCGGCUUCUGCAGCUUCAGGAGGGGUUUGGCUUUCUCUCCAAUGCCAAGCUCAACGCGGCAUCAACGUCAGCGGUGGCACCAGCAACCACUAAGGCAUCGCUUGACAAUGUGCUUCAUGCUCUGUGGAGCCGGCAACAGUCCACAUCGUACUUUAUGUGGGAGGAGUUGCUGCCAAGCAAUAGCGUUGGUGCUGCGACUGCACAAUUGUGGCAGCGGGAGUCCCGGAGUGUGUCAGAGGCUUCGAUGAUGAAGGAGGAAGAAGUUAAGGACGAACAGAACGGCACCAACGUAGCCGCCUCCUUCUUCUCCUCCUAUUGCCGGGUGGUGGGCGCACUGCGGUGGGGAUACCUGGAGCAGCGCCAGAAGUACGGCCUGGAGUUGUUUCUGCGUUUCCCAGAGGCAAAUGCAGCAUGGCGGCAGACAUUACUUUGCAUCUGGCGUCGAUGUCCAGGGGACACAGCGCUAAUGGAGCUUGUCUUGGCAAACGCUGUGCGAUGCAUGGCGGAGGAGGUGCAUUAUGCCGGGCUCGUCAGGCAAGAAUGGUCUACGUUACCGUUGGAAACAGAACUGCCCUUGCACUUACCGUUUUUGGCGGCGGUUCAAUUCGGAAGGUUGUAUCAGCAGCAAUGUGUCAAGGGCGAGGCGUGGGUUUACAAUGGGGCAUUUGCGGCGCAGCUUGGAAGGUUUAUAGAUGUUGUAGAGGCUCAACAACGACAGCAGCAGCAAAAAAAACAAAAAGGGAAGCGGAGAUGUCCGCCCCGACGACGUUGUCCCCUCCUCGCUUUCCCUGCUCCGUCUGUGGGAAGGAGGAACAAACACUUUUAA